GGCCUUAGACAGAGAAUUCAGUGCCUGUGUCACCCUCACCUGUCUCCAUCUCCACUCCAUCAUUGCCUGCAGUAUCCCGCAACCCUUGGACAGACUCCGCAGCUGUUGCCGCAGCCAUCUCCGACGUCCACAGCUCCACAUCCUCAGGGCCAGCAAAAUGCAGUUCGAGAUGCACGACAACGUGAAAGGCAAAGCCAUGUCCUACCCGGUGACCAGUCAGCCCCAGUGCGCCAGCAGCUGCUAUCAGACCCAGCUCAGUGACUGGCACACGGGUCUCACGGACUGUUGCAAUGACAUGCCCGUCUGUUUGUGUGGCACUUUCGCCCCGCUGUGCCUCGCCUGCCGCAUCUCCGACGACUUCGGCGAGUGCUGCUGCGCUCCGUACCUGCCCGGCGGCCUGCACUCCCUCCGCACAGGCAUGCGCGAGCGCUACCGCAUCCAGGGUUCCGUCGGGCACGAUUGGGCGGCCCUCACUUUCUGUCUGCCCUGCGCCCUCUGCCAGAUGGCGCGGGAACUGAAGAUUCGAGAGUAAAGACGUCCCCCUUCUUCCUCCUCCUAGUCCACCACUCACGCCUCCGAUCCUUCCCGGGAGAGCUUGCCCCGCCGUCCGUCUCACCGCCAAAAAUACACCCACAAUAAAAACCUGAAAACCAA